CUGCCCAUAACAACCACCAAAGUUCCGCUGUCAAAAGUUCCGCCGUUUCGCGUCGAGGGCGGAACUAAAAUGGGGUCAAACUCGACGCGUUGCGGGACAACAACAUAAACUUUUUAACCAAAUGUGAACGUCAAACGGUUCCGUCUCGCGAGGCUGCUUUUAGCGCAAUGACAUUGACGACCCGGCGUCGAAGGGUACUUUAAAAAACACCGUCCCGUGACGUCAUUUCUACAUUUUAGAUGAGGCCGUGGUGACGUCAUGGUUCUCCUCUGCGUCCUCGGGAGCGGUCGCUUCUCUUUAGCCGCCGCGAGCCUGACACGAGCGGCACGCGCCGUGCACGACACGCGCCGGGUGUCCCCGCGACCUCUGCUCCCUGCGGGUGUCGCGUCACAGUCGUCGGUCCUUAACAAUGGGAGGAGGACGGCGUUUCGGCCGCCCGUUGGCCCCGGAGCCGCUUCCCCUCCGCGGCCCGGUCCUGUCCUCCGGGGACAGCCGGGCCGCCGCUUCCACACGUCGGCCCCCGCGAGGGCCCUGCCCGCCCCCCUCGUGUGGCUGCUGCUCAAGCCCCUGCAGAAGCUCGCGGCUAUGAUACUGGGCAGGAGUAUACGGAAGUGGUGGGUUGCUCUGCCGGUCGACCGCCGGCAGCUCCUGCGCGAGUGGGUCCGUCGGCGGCGCUGGCGUCUGGCAGCGGGGUCAGGCGUUGCCAUGGUGAUCGCAGCCCUCCUCCUCCUGACCCACCUGGACGAGUCCCCGGUGACGGGACGGACCCGCCUCCUGGUGUUCAGCAGAGAGAAGUACAUGGAGCUGGCGGCGCUGACUUCGGAGGCGUAUAUGGAGGAGUUCGCGGAGCUGCUGGUCGCGGUCACCGACCCUCGCCACCAGGUGGUGGAGCGGUUGGUGCAGCACCUGGCCCAAAGAAACCAGGACAUCCCCGAAGUGUCCGAAGUCACCUGGAGCGUCCACGUGGUGCAGAGUCCCAACGUGAACGCCUUCGUCCUGCCGAACGGGAAAGUGUUCAUUUUCACGGGGAUGCUGGAGGCCGUGGCGGACGUCCACCAGCUCACGUUCGUGCUGGGACACGAGAUGGCCCACGCCGUGUUGGGACAUUCCGCAGAACAGGCCAGCCUGUCUCACGUCGUGGACCUCCUGUCUCUCGUCCUCCUGACGGCCAUCUGGGCCGCGUGUCCUCGAGACAGCCUCGCUCUGCUGGGACAGUGGGUACAGGACAAGCUCUCCCAGUUGAUGUUCAGCCGUCCCUUCAGCAGGAAACUGGAGAAUGAGGCCGAUCUCGUCGGAUUGCAGUUGGCUGCAAAGGCGUGUGCAGAUGUGCGAGCAGGACCCGUAUUCUGGCAGCAAAUGGAAAUCAGAGACCAGCUGACAGGAGAUCCCACCUUCCCCGAGUGGCUGUCCACACACCCGUCGCACAAGAACCGAUUCACUCAGCUGGACCGCGUCAUGCCUCAGGCUCUGGAGCUGAGGGACAGCUGCGCCUGCCCGGCUCUACCGGCCACCGACCCGCGCGCCGUCUUCUCCAAGAGCGUGGCCGCGUUGCUGGAGACCUCCAAGCACCGAGGAGGAGGAGGAGGAGGAGGAGGAGGAGGUCUGGAAGGGGCGCGCCAGCCCCACCUGCCCCGGGGCCCGGCCUCACUGCCCGCGGCUCUGCUCGCCCGGACCGCCCUCCCUUCACCCUCCAAUGUGGAUCGAGCCAUGAAAGAACCGGUCUCGUUGGGAGCCUUGGAGUCAGCUGAGGUGGAAACAUCCCAGCCCAGCUGACAGGGUUUAAAUAAAAAACACAAAAAAACCAA